CCAAACGAAAAACUACUUUUCACAGGUAUAUCUGCAUUAUGAAGUUGAUGUGUUAUCCCUCUAAAAUUGGGAAGCUCACCUCUUUGAUGUGUCAUUUUACACAGACAUAUAAGUAAUCACGUGGUUUUUAUGUAGCGAAAGUAAUUCAUUGCAGUCCUUAUAUACUGUAAAACCGUACAGUGGUGAAAUUUCAAUGGAUUUUAUCUUACCUUAUGUUUUGCAGCUCACUUGUAAAUCAAGAAGUUCUCAACAACAUCAAAGUUAUCGUGACAGCCAAUCGUAACAAGAAUCGAGUAACUGACAGAUCACUACCUCAUUGUGGUCCGAGCUUGCCAGAAACAAAGUCUGAGGGAUACUGGUACGGUGGACAGUGGCAUUCUACCCGGUGUUGUUCACGCACACCUCAGUUACCAGAUGUGUACAAAUGCUUUGAGAACAAAACCAUAUUCCUCCAAGGAGACUCUACUGUCCGUCAAUGGUACCUUUUCCUUAGCGACCUUGUCAAUGGGACUAGUAUCAAACUUCCAAGCAGAACAUCAGAAGGUCCAGAAAUGGCUGUAAACUUUGUCAAAAAUAUAACAGUGCGUUUUCGUUUUCAUCACCUCCCUAUCAAUAGACCUUACCUUUUCAAGGCAGGCCGUCUUCAUUGUGUAGCUGAUGAGAUUGACAUGAUUGCUGGUGGACGUGAUACGGUUAUUGUUUUGGGAUUAUGGGCUCAUUUUGCUGCUGAAUCAAUAGACACUUUCCGUUCAAGGCUUUACGGGAUUCGUCAUGCAAUAAUACGUUUGCAUCGUCGUAGCCCAGAGACAAAGGUUAUUUGGCGAACAAGUAACACUAGAGAACAUAUCAAUAUACAUCAUUAUUUAGAAAAUAGUGACUGGUUUUCAUACCAACUACUGCAGGAGACAAAGGCAAUUCUUGGAGAUCUAAAAGUAGCAAUAGUAGAUGUUUGGGAGAUGUCUGUGUGUCAAUGGCAUAAACAUCUUUGUCAUCCCCCAGAGGAUGUAAUUAAGAAUCAUAUUGAUCUACUAUUAUCGUUCGCAUGUUAAAUCCUAAUAUGCUA